UAUGGCUUUAAGGUGUCAUAAAAUUGAUAAGAUUGCUAUAUUUACAACCCGCGAUGUACACGAUACAACAAAUUGUCGUUAGCAUUGAACAUCAUUGGAUAUGAAUGUUAUCGUUUGAAAGAAACAGAUGACGUAUAUAUAUUUUUUUCUUUUUUGUAUUCCAUUCCGCGCGGGAAUUUAUGACGUCACAAUUCGCCCAUGAAGGUAUAUAAAGGCGUAAAAAUCACUUGCUCAUUUUGUGCUUCUAAGUCUUGGGAGUAACAUAUCUGGUAGCGACUGUUAGCGACUGACAAACGGUGUUAUAAUGGGACUGCUUUCAAGACUAAAAGAAGCGACUGGUUUGGAGUGUGUACGAGAACCCUGUGUACACCCCAAAGACUCCCCCAUCAUGACGGAGAACCAUCAACCGGCGCCGGUUGGUGCUCUUGAGAGCGAUGGAGGGAGAUCGAUGAAGAGCUUCUGGAAGUGGGCCGCUCUUCACUUUCCUUCACGCAGAAAGGGAACAUAUGACCUGGCCAAAGCCGAGGAGAAAUACGGGACAGAGGCGGAAACACAGUGGAGAGAUAGCGAUGAUCCAGCUCCUGAAGACCUCAUUGCUGCUGAGGAACAGCAGAAACACAGCGUCCUGGACAAGAACCAGAGUGAACUCUGUGUACAUCCCAAAGACGGCCCCAUCACAUCAGAGAGCCGUCAUCCUCAUCCGUCUGAGAUUGAUGGAGGAAGAGAGCAGGAAGGGAGAGAGGAGAAGAAGAAGAAGAAGAAGAAGAGCUUCUGGAAGUGGCCUGCUCUUCACUUUCCUUGCAGUGGAGCUGGAACAUAUGAUCUGGCCGAAGUGGAAGAGAAAUACUGGAUAGAGGCGGGAACGCACUGGAGAGAUAGCGAUGAUCCAGCUCCCGAAGACCUCCUUGCUGCUGAGGAACAGCAGAAACACAGCGUCCUGGACAAGAACCAGAGUGAACUCUGUGUACAUCCCAAAGACGGCCCCAUCACAUCAGAGAGCCGUCAUCCUCAUCCGUCUGAGAUUGAUGGAGGAAGAGAGCAGGAAGGGAUAGAGGAGAAGAAGAAGAAGAAGAAGAAGAGCUUCUGGAAGUGGCCUGCUCUUCACUUUCCUUGCAGUGGAGCUGGAACAUAUGAUCUGGCCGAAGUGGAAGAGAAAUACUGGAUAGAGGCGGGAACGCACUGGAGAGAUAGCGAUGACCAGAGUGUACACGAACACUGCGUACAACCCAAACACUCCCCCACCAGGUCUGAAGAGAUGCCUGUUAGUGCUGUUGAGAACGAUGGAGGGAGAACGGAGGCAGGGAGAGAGGAAGUCCUCCUCACUACUGAGGAACAGCUCGUGCAGGACAUCCUGGACAAGGGUAAGAAGAAGAAAUCUUUGUUUGUGUGA